GUUUCUCCUCAACACGCGCCUCCCUGGGUUAUGGGCUCACUAUUAGCGCGCACUAACCACAGCCUAGUCUCCUUUUUGCAGCCGGUUUACACGUGUCGCUGCGCUCUUUUGACGCUGACACAGCCUUAACGUGUUGCACUCAGCACAGAGCACCAGAAGCUGCACUGUCCGGCUCCUUCCGAUCUGUCUAAUUGACCGACGUCUCUCAGAACGUCCGUUUCCUUUAGACCAAGAGACCAUGUCUGUUCUGGUUACAGUCGGGUCAACCCGCUUCGACGAACUUCUUGAAGCAGUUAUGUCCGAGGAGGUCUGUAAGGCAUUGCGGAAACAAGGAUAUAAGCAUCUUAUCCUUCAGUACGGUAAUUCAGACGCGAAACCUAUCAGGAUCUUUGGCGACACUGAGCAUUUUCAUGCCCACGGCCUCGACAUCGAAGCUUGGAAGUUCAAACCUUCUCUCAGAUACAAUAUUGAACAGGCAGAUCUUGUCAUUAGCCAUGCUGGGUCAGGGACAAUUCUGGAAGUACUCCGGAUGGGGAAGCCUCUAGUUGUGGUCCCAAAUGCAUCAUUACUUCACAAUCAUCAGGAGGAGCUGGCGGUAGCACUAAGCAACCUAGGCCAUCUGAAGAUGACUACACUUUCAGGAUUGGCAGAUGCUCUCGCGACCUGGAACGCAACUCCUUUGGCUCCUUUUCCUUCAUUCGAUGGCACGAAUUUCAGUAAGCUCCUUGACGAGGAGAUGGGUUUAUUAUGAUAAGAACGAAGGCACCAUGUCGAAUAUUGGCUAUGCCCUCAAGAGGCGAAAAUUACUCAACUGUCACUAUUAAAUGGAAGGCCAUAUAUUAUACCUCAAGUCUGAUCUGCAUCAUUUGUAGUUUUGAUUCUCAGCCUCCCCUCGGCAGUCCCGCAGCCAGCAGUUUGACUGACGAACUCUAUCUGUUUUUCUGGCCCAAUGCUCACGUAGCACUAGCAAGAGCUUGGGCGAGACUGACCACCCGAAGUAGAACAGGGUUUUCCGGAACGAGGUUCCUAAGGUAGAGCUACUACUCUCAGUCUCAUCUGUUCAAGGAGUAUCCUGCCGCGAACGUUGUAAUUUUCCAUGUGGCUCUUGGUCCUAUGCCUAAAGUCGAUUAACACCUACUAAACAUUGACAAUGAUCCC